UAAAUUUUUAUUAAAUGAGACAUUCAAUUAACAAUGAAUUAUUGGUGGUUGAAAGCCUGUGUAAUUUUAAAUGGAUUUUGCCUUUGUUUUGGUCUUAACAGAGAUGAAAUUAUAUUUCACUAUAACAAUACAUAUAAGUAUAAUGAGCCAUAUACAGUGGCAGUCAGUAAAAACACUGAAUACAUAAUGGAAUUUGGUGGUGACUUUGAAGCUUAUGAUACACCAGCACGGGUGACAGUUGCAAGUGAUUUUGCCAAUCAAACAUAUCCAUUGUUCAUAACAGCAAGGCAACAGAAAGGUGUGUUUUCAUGGCAGUUACCAAUGACAGUGCAAACCCUUAAUGGAUUGGAAAAGUUUACAAAUAUAUCAAGGACACUCUGUCCUCACAAUAAUAUAUUUUCGGAGGAUGAAGACACAUGUCAUAUGACAUCUCUAAAUACCCCAAUUGUCCAUCUUACAUCUUCAUCUCCAGAUCCUAUCAGUGUUACCAUCCUAGUUGAGACAGUUGAAGAUUUCUACAUAAAACUCAAUACAACAACAAAUUUAACCAGUACACCAAGCCAGCCUAAAUAUUACUUUUACCCAUUUGAUCAGCGCAAAAAUAAAAUUGUUGAUAUGGCAACACCAAGGGAGAGAAAGAAGUAUCUCUGCUCGGGUGAAAAGGGUUUUUUGAACCGUAAUAUGGACAUAGACUAUGGAUGGUUGUCGAAACCAAAAAGUGUUAUUUUAAUGAUUGAAUCUGAUGAUGAUAUUUGUGCUCUGGUUUCGAUACAGAAUUUCGCGUGCCCAGUGUUUGAUAACGAAAGAGAUAUAUUGUAUGAUGGAUAUUAUCUCACAAUGACUAGACGCGGUGGAAUCACGCUUACUCAAGACAUGUUCCCGAUUGGCUUUUACAUCGUUUUCAUAGUGAAGACGUCGGAUGAGGACUGUAGUGGUGAAUCGGUAUCUAAUGCAACUUUACCAAAAAUGGCUCAGUAUUUUGGGUGGGACGACAAAGUGAGUGUACCGACAAAUGAUGGCAGAGUCAAAAGUUUUAGUCUCCGUGUGAUUGAGACAAUAUCAUAUAGAGAAUAUAUGAUAGCUGCCGGAACAGCGCUUGGGUUUUUCCUGUCUUUCUAUAUAGCUUUCAUAAUAGUGAUACUAUGUCAAAGACGAAGACGAGAUCAGGAAACACUUCUGCCGCCAAUUACGCCGCACGACAAUUCGCAAGUGUCGUUUAUAAGACCAACACUAGAUGGCAGUAGCGGGAGUCGAUACUGCGCAGGCGAUAUACCCACUAAGACAGAUGGCAGUUCAUCAUCAGACACCGAUUCUGAUUUAUCGACUGUGGACGAUGUGAAUACUGAGAGUAAUUUAUAUUUGCACGGGAAUAAGCUGUGUGUCGCUAAUCUUUCUAGAUGCCGUCCUCGUGUGUUAUCAGCGAGGUCCAAAAUGUACCUUUGGAAUGUGUUGACAGUCGCGGUGUUUUAUACGUUACCCGUAAUACAACUCGUCAUUACGUAUCAAAGGUUACUCAACCAAUCGGGAAAUCAAGACCUAUGCUAUUUCAACUUCCUUUGCGCCCAUCCGCUCGUUGUCCUAUCAGACUUCAAUCACGUGUAUUCCAACCUAGGAUACAUUUUACUGGGAUUCCUAUUCCUCAUAGAAGUUUGGAAUCGACACAGGAAAUAUGUGGAUGUCAAUCUCGGUAUACCCCAGCACUUUGGUCUUUUAUACGCGAUGGGGAUAGCUCUGGUCAGCGAAGGUCUCCUCUCUGCAGCGUACCACGUGUGCCCCAAUAGCAUGAAUUUCCAAUUUGACACGUCGUUCAUGUAUGUUACGAGUGUGCUGUGUAUGGUGAAGAUAUACCAAUCGCGACACCCGGACAUCAAUGCGCGGGCGCAUGCCACAUUUGGCGUUCUUGCUUUGAUUAUAUUUAUUGGGUUGGUGGGAGUACUAAACGCUAAUUUCUACUUCUGGGUGGCAUUUACCGUUCUUCAUCUGGUCACUUGCUUGGUACUCACCUUCCAGAUAUAUUAUUUGGGCAGGUUUCGAUGGGAAGGGGCUGUGAUAUACAAGGCGUUGACUGAGUUCGUUCGGCAACCGUUAGCAGCCGUUACGCCCACGCAUUGUGGAAGGUGUGUGUUGCUGGUUAUUGCCAAUCUUGGCAACUGGGCUAUCGCUGCCUAUGGUGUAACUCAGCAUAGUCGCGAUUUCGCGUCUCAUCUUCUUCUGGUGCUGAUGAGUAAUCUAUUCCUUUACACUCUUUUCUACAUCGUUAUGAAACUCUUGCAUCGCGAGUCGAUUCGAUGGUAUAGCUGGGUGUUCAUCGCUUUGACAUAUACAGUGUGGUUCAGUUCGAGUUAUUUUUACCUUGAUUUGAGCACUAACUGGGCGUUGACACCAGCGCAAUCUCGACAGAAUAACAAGGUGUGCAGUCUCCUGCAACUCUACGAUUCUCACGAUAUUUGGCACUUUAUGUCUUCUACGGCUAUGUUUUUCUCUUUCAAUAUGUAUUUAACAAUUGACGACAAUCUCUCGAAUGUGCCUAGAGGUGACAUUGCCGUGUUUUAGGGACCAUUUAUUUAAUAUUGGAGUCCCAAAUCUAAACAAAUGAAGGCCCUCUGUGCCUUUGCACAGAUUACAAAACUGUUUGCUUGUUUAUGAGUUGUAUUUUUUUUAUAAUAAUAAACUGUUUACGAAGCCACCGAAUUCAGAUGAAGGAUAAAAUUGCAGACCAGAUUCGUGUGCUGAUUCCAAGUGGGGUCUGCCCCCAGUUUAGUUCGUAGUUGUGGUACACUGGGGAAACGUUAGUCUCUCUUGCUCGCGUAGUUUUGACACACUGGGGAAACGUUAGUCUCUUUUGCUCGCGUAGUUUUGACACACUGGGGGUACGUUAGUCUCUUUUGCUCGCGUAGUUUUGACACACUGGGGGUACGUUAGUCUCUUUUGCUCGCGUAGUUUUGACACACUGGGGAAACGUUAGUCUCUUUUGCUCGCGUAGUUUUGACACACUGGGGAAACGUUAGUCUCUUUUGCUCGCGUAGUUUUGACACACUGGGGGUACGUUAGUCUCUUUUGCUCGCGUAGUUUUGACACACUGGGGGUACGUUAGUCUCUUUUGCUCGCGUAGUUUUGACACACUGGGGGUACGUUAGUCUCUUUUGCUCGCGUAGUUUUGACACACUGGGGAAACGUUAGUCUCUUUUGCUCGCGUAGUUUUGACACACUGGGGGUACGUUAGUCUCUUUUGCUCGCGUAGUUUUGACACACUGGGGGUACGUUAGUCUCUUUUGCUCGCGUAGUUUUGACACACUGGGGGUACGUUAGUCUCUUUUGCUCGCGUAGUUUUGACACACUGGAGAAACGUUAGUCUCUUUUGCUCGCGUAGUUUUGACACACUGGGGGUACGUUAGUCUCUUUUGCUCGCGUAGUUUUGACACACUGGGGGUACGUUAGUCUCUUUUGCUCGCGUAGUUUUGACACACUGGGGAAACGUUAGUCUCUUUUGCUCGCGUAGUUUUGACACACUGGGGGUACGUUAGUCUCUCUUGCUCGCGUAGUUUUGACACACUGGGGAAACGUUAGUCUCUCUUGCUCGCGUAGUUUUGACACACUGGGGGUACGUUAGUCUCUCUUGCUCGCGUAGUUUUGACACACUGGGGAAACGUUAGUCUCUUUUGCUCGCGUAGUUUUGACACACUGGGGGUACGUUAGUCUCUCUUGCUCGCGUAGUUUUGACACACUGGGGAAACGUUAGUCUCUCUUGCUCGCGUAGUUUUGACACACUGGGGAAACGUUAGUCUCUUUUGCUCGCGUAGUUUUGACACACUGGGGGUACGUUAGUCUCUCUUGCUCGCGUAGUUUUGACACACUGGGGAAACGUUAGUCUCUUUUGCUCGCGUAGUUUUGACACACUGGGGGUACGUUAGUCUCUCUUGCUCGCGUAGUUUUGACACACUGUUGACUAAGAUAAGAUACACUGGUAGAUCACCAGCAAGCGGCAAUUUUGAUGAAAGUUGUCAUAGAGAACUGUGCUUCUAUCCUACUUCUGAAUUUGAUGACUUGACUUAGGCCCAUGUGCAAGUAUCUACCAGGGAUUAUUCAUUGAAUACUAUAAUGGACAGUCACUACACAACAUUUAUUCAAGCAGACAUCUGAAUCCAUAUGGCUAUUAUUGUGAGUCUAUAUUUUCACACUUGAUUUAAAGGAAUUUGAGUCAUUUAAUUGUUUUGUCUAUAAAUUAGCAAACUUGGUAAUACAAUAGGUUAGUUCUUUACGUCAACGCCACAUGUAGAGCGGUUUAAUAUGACACUUAGAAUAGUUAAACACACCGAAGUUUUUGCUCUCUUCUAUAUAAGAAUCUUUUAGUAUAAGAUAAUAACAAAAAAAUGGUUUGCGAAAUUGAUUCCAGUUUGGUAGUAAUGCCCAGUAUACACGAUAUUUUUCAAAGCCAUUUUAAAAAGUUCCGUUCUCUCUUUUUAAAAGCAUUAAUCAUUUUAAAGAAAUAGUACUUUAGUUCAAGGAGGCUUUAUUUAAAAAUUCCGUAUUUAUAUGUGUAUCCUAGAUUUUGUAGUAACAAACAGUUUGUCUAAGUAAUCAUAUCUAACCAGAUGUUCGUGUGUAUGAAUUACGUAAAUAUAUUUUCGUUUUUGAACACAAAAUACACUAAACGUUUGUGAUGAAAUCUAAGUUAGUGUGUGUUGUGUAAACGUCGUUUUGUGUUAAGUCAUUUCAUGAUCUCAAAUAUUCCCUUAAAAUUAUAAAUGAGUGUCUUAUUAUGUGUCUUAUAAACUAUAAUUAUGCUGAUACUGUUGCUGUGUAGUAAUAUAGAAGUUAGUUCAUCUGUCAUAUUUCUUCGUUAGAAAGACGAAAUUUAGAGGUAAUUUCGUGAGGCACAGAAGACUGACAUAGUUCGUGGCAUGAAGUAUAUAAAUUCUUAUUUACGUUAAAUAUUGAUUUUAAAAUUUACCUAAUGUUUUUGUAAUUUGAAUAUAGUUUAUAUAGUAUAUGAUUAGUGUUAUUGAUUCUGAGCGUGCUAUGUAGGUUUAUGUUAAAAAAUGCUUGUAACAUUGUAUUGUGUUUUAGUAUAUUGUUUUAUGAAUUUUACUCGUCUGUAAAUAUAGUGGUAUUUAUA